AUGCCCUUGAUGCGCUUCCUGCAAAGCAGAUUGGCGCCUGGAGCUCGUGGCAGCAAAAGCAUUGGUGUGUUGGGACAUGUUGGGACCACAUCCGCAGAUCCCCAAGUUGCAAGUCAUGCCAGUCUCUUUGAGAUGAAGGUGCUGAAUGAUGGUUGGAUCCUGGACACGACUUGCUAUGAAUGGAAGCACGUGCAGUUCAAGACACAAUCCCAGGAGCUGAAGGCCAGAUGUCCGGCAUGUAAAGGACCCCUCCAAGGCUCCUACUGGAAGCGUAUGUGCGGGAAAAUCUUGGAGCAUCCCUACGUCGCGGCACAGGCAGAGCUCCUCGCCGGACCCCGACGAAACUCCACCGGGGGCAGGAGGCUCAGUGCCGUGGCCCAGACGGCUCGGUCGGCCGUCAGCGGCCUGAACUUCGAAACUCUGGCAGUGGCUGCCUCGAAGGCCGUGGUGGGCUCCAACAUGAGUAUUGGAGGAGUGUCCCUGCAAGGCACUCUGCUUGGAGGCACCUUUCAAGCUGCGACGCUUCAGGAUCCUCCGGAGGACCAGGCGAAAGUGGAGAUGCGAUGGGCACCGCAGGCGCUGUGCCAGGAAAUCCUGGAAGAAGUUCCUCGCAAAGCAGAUGCAAAGCAUGUGCGCCCACAAGCCGUGCUUGCAACCGCACAUUUUGUUGAAGUAUGCAGCCGACAGGGCGAAAUCAGGAGAGAGCGGCAACCAAAAGAGGUUGCGGCUCACCCCGAAGGAGAUGUCAGUCUACCUUGGAUCGCGGAUCCGCACACUCUGAAGCUGCAGGACCGAGCAGGCAUGGUCAACACAGAGGAGGAGCAGUUCCACGAAGAUCUUCUGGCGAUGGCUGCUUGA